CACAGUAAUUUUUAUUUGCUUUCUAAACCAGUGGACGCCUGUCACUGCACAGCUAUGUAACGGUACGUGCGUUUGAAUCUGUAGCCUCCGGGAACAUCUGAAAUGACGUCGCCAAACACUUGCGUGAACAGCUGCUGACGCCAGCCCGCAGAAAUCAGAGGACUCCGCCCCGGAGUCGGCGACAUUUCCGGCAGCCUCGGCGGGCAGCGCGGCCCAGCCCCAGCGCAGGUCGGCCGAGCCCGUCCGGGCCGCGCGUCGUGGGGACUACAGUACCCAGCAGGCUCUGCGAGGGUCGGCAAGCCGACGGCCGUGAGGCCUCCGGAAACGGGUCCCUCAGCGGGCGUCCUUCCGGGGCGGGACUUCCGGCGUUCUCUUCCUGGCGGGCAUUUUGGCUUUUCUCAGCCCCGAGCAGAAAGUGCGAGUGCUGGGUCUGACCGAGGAACGAGAUGAGAGGAGCGAGUGGAGCUGUCGUUUCGCGGCACAGACGAGGGUCCGAGGCCCGACGACGCCUCCAGGGUGACCCGCCCAGGCCCGGGACAGGGCCCGCCGCUCGCGCCCUGCUCGGCCCACAGCGCGGGAUGGCGGCGGCCGCGCUGCAGGGGCCGGCGCAGGGCACUGUGACCUUUGAAGACGUGGCCAUGUUCUUCUCCUGGGAGGAGUGGGGUCUUCUGAAUGAGGCUCAGAAACACUUGUACCACAAUGUGAUGCAAGAGAACUUGGCACUUGUAACCUCCCUGGGUUGUUGGUGUGGAGCAGAAGACAAGGAGUCACCCACUCAGUGGAGCUUUCUUGUGCAGGACGUGUCUCAGCAGGGUGACGUGACCUUUGAAGACGUGGCUGUGAACUUUUCCCAAGAGGAAUGGAGGCUCCUUAAUGAGGCUCAGAAAUUCCUAUACUGUGAUGUGAUGCUGGAGAUCUUGUUACCUCUCUCCUCCCUGGGACUUUGGCAGUGCAUUCAAGAUGCGGAGGCACCUUCUAGGCAACAUAUAUCUCUACAAAGGAUGUCCCAGAUCAGAUCUGUGAAGCCAGUUAUGUUUUCCAAGAAAGGCUAUCUCUGUGAAACACAUAACCCAAUCUUGGGAGACAUUUUGGACUUGGCUGAGCACCAUGAAACACAUCAAAAUCAGAAACUGCGUAGGUCUGGAACAUGUGUGAAAAUUUUUUCUGUCUCUGCAAACCUUCCUCACCAGAAUCAGAACGUUAAAGAGAAACCCAAUAGGAGUCAUGGCAAGAGAUCUAAGUUUCAUGUGUCAGGGAAGCCGUUCAUCUUCAGUGAGGCUGGGAAGGACUUUGUGGCCAGUUCAGAAUUUCUCCAACAAGAAGCCAGUCACACUAGGGAGAACUCUAACAGUGUAACGGACUGUAGAACACUCAUCAAAGGAGUUAAAACUUGUUAUAGAUUAGAAAAUGGCACAGACACCUUCAGCUCCAAACACAUAUUUGUUCGGCACCAGAAAGUCCUCACUAGAGAAGGACGUUACACAUACAGAGAAUGUGAGGAAUCUAUUAGCAGAAGUGAUAGCUUUAGUAACCAUCAUAGAAUUGACACUGCAGAUAAACCUUAUGAAUGUAGGGAAUGUAGGAAAUUCUUUAUUUGUAAUUCUAAACAACACCAAAGUGUUCGGAGUGGGAAAAGUGUAGGAAAAAGGUGCAAGGAAUGUGGAAAGAUGUUAACUUAUGGUUGCAAUGUUUUAUACCGCCAGAAAGUUCACAGUAGAGAAAGGCCUUCUGAGUGUACAGAAUGUGGGAAAUUAUUUAGUCAUAAGUCUCAUUUCAUUCAGCACCAAAGAGUUCACACUGGAGAAAGGCCUUACAUGUGUGAAGAAUGUGGAAAAUUAUUUGUCAACAAGUCACACCUCAGUGUACACCAGAGAGUUCACACUGGAGAAAAACCUUAUAACUGUGGGGAAUGUGGGAAAUUAUUUAGCAACAAGCACCACCUUAUUGAACACCAGAGAGUUCACACUGGAGAAAGACCAUAUGAAUGUAAAGAAUGUGGGAAAUCAUUUCGUCAUAGGUCUGCUCUCCGUCAACAUGAGAGACUUCACACUGGACAAAAGCCUUAUGAGUGCAGCGAAUGUGGGAAAUCCUUUGCUGAAAGUUCCAGCCUCAUUAAACAUAGACGAGUUCACACUGGAGAAAGGCCUUAUGAAUGUGGCAAAUGUGGAAAAUCUUUUUCCCGAAGCUAUUCACUCCUUCAGCAUCAGCAAGUUCAUACUGGAAAAAGGCUUAAUGCGUGCUGUUAAUGUGGAAAAUUUUUUUGCUGCACUCUGGUCUCAUUAAACACAAGAGUUCAUACUGGAGAAAGGUUUUGUAAGUAAAAUAGUCUUUGGAAAUUCUUUAGCUAGAUCUCUGUAUUCCCUCAAGAUCAUAAAAAUGAAACUGGGCCAAGGUUUGUUUGUUUGUUAAAUUUUUUUUGUUUAACUUUAUUGGUUUAUUGAUAUAUUUUCAUUUGACCA